AUGACGAUGGACCUUUCAUCGCAGUUUCCGGUAAACCUCACAGAGUUCUAUGCUAUCGAGGCCCUCGUCGGACAAGGUGCUUUCAGCACCGUGUGGAGGGCUCGUCAUCGGACCUCCGGCCAGCUCCGCGCGGUGAAGAAGAUCGACGCAUCGCUGCUGUCCCCCAGGGAGAUCGCGAAUGAGGCUUCGCCCGUGACUUGA